AUGCUGCAGGCUGUGUAUGACAAGCUGCAGGCUGUGUAUGACAUGCUGCAGGCUGUGUUUGAGUAUGACAUGCUGCAGGCUGUGUUUGACAUGCUGCAGGCUGUGUAUGACAAGCUACAGGCUGUGUAUGACAUGCUGCAGGCUGUGUAUGACAUGCUGCAGGCUGUGUUUGACAUGCUGCAGGCUGUGUAUGACAUGCUGCAGGCUGUGUAUGACAAGCUACAGGCUGUGUAUGACAAGCUACAGGCUGUGUAUGACAAGCUGCAGGCUGUGUAUGACAAGCUGCAGGCUGUGUAUGACAUGCUGCAGGCUGUGUUUGACAAGCUGCAGGCUGUGUAUGACAAGCUGCAGGCUGUGUAUGACAAGCUACAGGCUGUGUAUGACAAGCUGCAGGCUGUGUAUGACAAGCUGCAGGCUGUGUAUGACAUGCUGCAGGCUGUGUAUGACAUGCUGCAGGCUGUGUAUGACAUGCUGCAGGCUGUGUAUGACAAGCUGCAGGCUGUGUAUGACAAGCUGCAGGCUGUGUUUGACAAGCUGCAGGCUGUGUAUGACAAGCUGCAGGCUGUGUAUGACAAGCUACAGGCUGUGUAUGACAAGCUGCAGGCUGUGUAUGACAAGCUACAGGCUGUGUAUGACAAGCUGCAGGCUGUGUAUGACAAGCUGCAGGCUGUGUAUGACAAGCUGCAGGCUGUGUAUGACAAGCUGCAGGCUGUGUUUGACAAGCUGCAGGCUGUGUAUGACAAGCUGCAGGCUGUGUAUGACAUGCUGCAGGCUGUAUAUGACAAGCUGCAGGCUGUGUUUGACAAGCUGCAGGCUGUGUAUGACAAGCUGCAGGCUGUGUAUGACAAGCUGCAGGCUGUGUAUGACAAGCUGCAGGCUGUGUAUGACAUGCUACAGGCUGUGUAUGACAAGCUACAGGCUGUGUAUGACAUGCUGCAGGCUGUAUAUGACAAGCUGCAGGCUGUGUUUGACAAGCUGCAGGCUGUGUAUGACAAGCUGCAGGCUGUGUAUGACAAGCUGCAGGCUGUGUAUGACAAGCUGCAGGCUGUGUAUGACAAGCUGCAGGCUGUGUUUGACAAGCUGCAGGCUGUGUAUGACAAGCUGCAGGCUGUGUAUGACAAGCUGCAGGCUGUAUAUGACAAGCUGCAGGCUGUGUUUGACAAGCUGCAGGCUGUGUAUGACAAGCUGCAGGCUGUGUAUGACAAGCUGCAGGCUGUGUAUGACAUGCUACAGGCUGUGUAUGACAAGCUACAGGCUGUGUAUGACAUGCUGCAGGCUGUAUAUGACAAGCUGCAGGCUGUGUUUGACAAGCUGCAGGCUGUGUAUGACAAGCUGCAGGCUGUGUAUGACAAGCUGCAGGCUGUGUAUGACAAGCUGCAGGCUGUGUAUGACAAGCUGCAGGCUGUGUUUGACAAGCUGCAGGCUGUGUAUGACAAGCUGCAGGCUGUGUAUGACAAGCUGCAGGCUGUAUAUGACAAGCUGCAGGCUGUGUUUGACAAGCUGCAGGCUGUGUAUGACAAGCUGCAGGCUGUGUAUGACAAGCUACAGGCUGUGUAUGACAAGCUACAGGCUGUGUAUGACAUGCUGCAGGCUGUGUUUGACAAGCUGCAGGCUAUGUAUGACAAGCUACAGGCUGUGUAUGACAAGCUGCAGGCUGUGUAUGACAUGCUGCAGGCUGUGUAUGACAAGCUACAGGCUGUGUAUGACAUGCUACAGGCUGUGUAUGACAAGCUACAGGCUGUGUAUGACAUGCUGCAGGCUGUAUAUGACAAGCUGCAGGCUGUGUUUGACAAGCUGCAGGCUGUGUAUGACAAGCUGCAGGCUGUGUAUGACAAGCUGCAGGCUGUGUAUGACAAGCUGCAGGCUGUGUAUGACAAGCUGCAGGCUGUGUAUGACAAGCUGCAGGCUGUGUUUGACAAGCUACAGGCUGAGUAUGACAAGCUGCAGGCUGUGUUUGACAAGCUACAGGCUAUGUAUGACAAGCUACAGGCUGUGUAUGACAAGCUGCAGGCUGUGUAUGACAUGCUGCAGGCUGUGUAUGACAAGCUACAGGCUGUGUAUGACAUGCUACAGGCUGUGUAUGACAAGCUACAGGCUGUGUAUGACAUGCUGCAGGCUGUAUAUGACAAGCUGCAGGCUGUGUUUGACAAGCUGCAGGCUGUGUAUGACAAGCUGCAGGCUGUGUAUGACAAGCUGCAGGCUGUGUAUGACAAGCUGCAGGCUGUGUAUGACAAGCUGCAGGCUGUGUAUGACAAGCUGCAGGCUGUGUUUGACAAGCUACAGGCUGUGUAUGACAAGCUGCAGGCUGUGUAUGACAUGCCUGCGCGAGACGGAGGAAAAAAACAUUUCACUGUCAGGAAGACUGUAAACUCAAAAUGCAUGAAAGGGAGUUUUCCACCGUAA